UAACCAGCCACACUGGAAACCAGUGCUAGUCUCACUAUUGCUCAGCGUGUAUCGAGUAAGCUCGCGACAAUCUGUUUGCUCAGUGAACGAUCUACAACGAUCAGUGGUCACAACAGUGUCUACGAAUGAAACGACGCUUUGCACAGACAAUAUCAUCAACAGCUUUUUCUGCGUGCUAUCUCUCUGCAAAAAUCUAACCACAGCAGAUUUGUUUUGGUUUUUUUUUUUAUAAAUAAUAACUACAUAUAUAUAAUAAGUUAUACGUUUUACUAAACUCUUUUUUAUCAAAAUGGAUAUGGGACAUACGCAUGGUAAUGAUACAUCGGCAGACGUAGCUUCUUGCCCUAUGAUAAUGGUGUUUCAUGGUGGACAUUGUGAACGAAUUUUAUGGCGUAAUUGGGUCGCCAGUACUGUUGUGGAGUUUGCCUUCUCUUGUGUUGCUUGGUUUUUUAUCGCUUUCAUUUAUGAAGCAUUGAAGUGUACACGCCAGCAAUUACACAAACGCUCAGUGCAAAAGGCAGCAGAACGUAUGGCCGAAGAGGAAGCGAAGCGGGCUACCCAUCCAGCCGGUUGUCCACAUGCACCAGCUCCUUUGCCAGAAAUCAGAAGCAAAACUUACAGAGACCGUCUUUUUUCAAUAGAUCACAUAAUACAAACGCUUUUAAAUGUAAUACAGGUCAUCAUAUCCUAUCUUCUGAUGUUGGUCUUCAUGAAUUUUAAUUAUUGGCUGAGCCUGUCUGUAAUACUGGGUUUAGGUUUUGGCUACUUCUGUUUCGGUUGGAUUAGAGAGCAAAAUACUAGUACUGAAUGCUGCACUUAAGACUGGAGGGUAUAACUACUAUGUACGAAAACUAACUGAGCUCGAGUGGUUGUUACAUUUUAAACAAAUAUUGUUAUGUCGAACUUUUAAUGUAUUUUAUCUAAUUUUAUAUCUGUUCGGAAAGAUAUAAGUUUUGUGGUAAAUUUAUAUUAGAAAAAUAAAUUUGUUGUAUAGUUUAUUAUAUAUGUAUAUACUGUUUGUAUGUAAUCCAAAAAUGCAUGUGAAAAAGUAAUGUCGGAAAUUUUUAUGCCCUCACCUCCUAGGAUUAUUCUGUACCGAAAAAGAUAUAACCCAAUUUUUUUUUAUUUUGAAA